GGUUAGUAUCAAACAAUUUAACAACUGUUAAAUAUCACUGCAAUUGACUUUUAGAAUAGAUCAUGAUAAAGAUCGGUCUUUAAAUAAUAAUUUAGCACCAAAUAAUUAGAGAGGCUAUGAUUUGUAUUUUAAAUCGGUUAUUUAUGGACUUUAAUUUCGAGUGGGAAAAUAGAAGAAAGCAAAAGUGAUCAAUGGAGGGGCCUUUGUUGACUAAGAAUGAGCACAUCCUCGACGACGUUACAAUAAUCCAUGGCGAUUCUUCCUCAAACGAAGAGCACAUCGUCAACAUUACAACCAAUGUCGAUUCUUCAUCAGAUGAUGAGCAAACACAGGAUGAUUGUGGUGAUCAUUUGAGACGUAUAAUAGCUCUUUUUGUGGAUGAAGGGUGUGAUGGAUUUACAUCUAGUCAUGUUUGGGUUAUGGUCGAGUUUGUUUUGACUUUGCUCCAGGUUGUUGCAGCCAUUGCUGUCCUGACUCUGACAAAAGAUGAAACAGAUCCACAGAAAGUGUUUCGUACACUGAUCAUCUGUUAUACCGGUGGCUGUAUUGUCGUGCUCCUUAUUCUAGGUUUGGAUUUCUGGGAUUAUUGCGGAAGAUUCUACGAGGUGAUGGAGAAUUUGAAAAAGAUGCUUGACUAUUUCUUCGUGGGUUGGGUUGUGGUGUUUUCAUGGCAUCUUAUAAACAACUCAUCAUCUCCAGAUAAUGCUACACAACAGUACUGGUGCGCAACAAUACUAAAUUUUCUAACUAUUUAGUAUGUCUCGAAAACAGAGUAAAUCUCUCUAAUGAUGAUAAUCCACCAUGCAUUUUCCUGUUGCAGGUUAUGUAUGGCUUUCCUUGUUGUCAGUUGCAUUCUACAUGUGCUUCCUAAUCUCCCCUGCGCGGCGGCUUGUUUUCUAUAUCCUAUGAUACUUCGUCUUACCCAGUCUAUAGACUUCUUUGAUGACAUUACUGAAAAGAUAGAGGACAUUAACUGGUUAAUCUUUGUAUACUUUUUUGGAAUCUUCUCCUGCAUUAUCUGUUGCAUUUUUACUUGUUGCAGCAGAUUAUGUAGAUAAAAUGAAGAAUGGAUCAUGUCGUUUCUCCUUUCUUUUGUUUAACAAUGUUGUAAUACUCUUAUCUAUGUAUCAAAUAUAAAGUCAUGACUCAUGACUGAAUCCUCUCUUCCUGAAAUCGUUGGCCUGAAAGACACGAUGCUUACGUCCCAAUUACCUCUGCAUGGACGAGCUUGUGAACCGCAUGUACAAGUAUCCAUUCCUU